GAUGACUCAAAGGACAAAUAUUUAUCACGUUUUAAAAGAGAACCAGCCAUGUACGCAACAGGUCCAUUUUGGAGAAUGUCGGGAGAUAGUUGGCUCCAACAGAAAAAUCUUUAACCCAACCAAUUUAGCAAAAUGGCGGGCAAUCAAAAAAAUCUAGUGUCGUCACUGGGAGACGAAGAAAGAGUUCAGCAAACAAGGCGAACUGAAACUGCGCAAGUUCCAUCGUCGAACUCUGUCAUUUCUUCGAAACCUACAAUCGAUCAACAAAGAAAAUUUAAUCUCGAAGACUUGAAGAACAUGUUCAAAUCAGCAAUUGAUGCUGAAGUUGUGGAAAUGAUUUGGCAAGACAGCAAUGAAAAUAGUGAUGUUGCACUUAUGUUCUUAACCGAAAUCAGUCCCAAUUCACCGCCAACUGCUACUAUAGUGAAAAUGAGCAGCUGGUCAGAUGUACUUGGAUCAAGUAGCUCUAUACCAUUUACCGCAAACCAAGGAGUUAAACCCAAAUCCACUGUGAAAGAAAAACACAGAAUGGUGGAACCAAUUCAAUUACGAAUAAAUAACCUAGAAAAAAUUCUUAUUAUAAUGCGUGGUGUACCAGGUUCAGGCAAAAGUUAUCUGGCACAUCAACUAAAAGGAAAUGGAGUGGUUUUGAGUGCUGAUGGCUACUUUAUAAAUCAAGGCCAAUAUGUGUUUGAUCGCAAUCUUUUGGGUUUUGCUCAUGAAUGGAAUCAGAAAAGGGCAAGUGAAGAACUACAAAAAGGAACCAACCCUAUAAUUAUUGACAACACAAACUUGGAAGCAUGGGAGAUGCAGCCAUAUGUCAUAAUGGCUUUGAGGCAUAAUUACUCAGUUGAAUUGAUUGAGCCUGAUACUCCGUGGCGGGAAGAUGUUCGUAUUUUAUCACAAAAAAAUAUCCAUCGCGUACCACGGGAGAAAAUCAGAGAAAUGCUGGAAAAGCAAAGGGUUAUGAUCGAUAUUGCAGUGGUUGUUGAAAAUUGCCGGCAAAAAAUGAGCCAAAGCUUUCAAGGAACAGUGACAUCUGUACAAACUAAUAGAACCAUUGCUGAAACAGCAGAUAUGAAGCACUGUAAUGCAGAAACUGAUCAAUCACCAGUGCUCCAAAAGACACCAGCAGCAACGAACUACCAAAUUGCUUCUUCGUCCAGUUUGGUCAAUGUAAUUAAGAAAAACGAGUGUGAUGAACAGCCAAUCGAAAAAAGUGCUUCUAUGCCUCACAUACCUCAGGCAUCCGGAAACAGUUUCCUACAGAAAACCGUAACUAGUCCUUUACUAGAGGCCUUGAUGACAAAUGACACUACAAUUGCCUUGAAACCGUCAACAACUGAAGUGGCGAUCCAGACUUCGUUAUUCGAAUCCGAACCUCCGCUUCGCGAAUUGACUGCCCGUAGCCGCUCCAUACAAUCGGCAAUAACUGCACCUGGUUUGGGAAAAAAACUUUAUAGUUCAAAAUACUCUCUAGAUAAAGGAUGUCUAACUGACGAACUUGUGGAAGAACUUGCUGCUCGAGAAGCACUUGCGAUUUUGAAAUCUUAUUUCCCGACAAAAGAAACAGAUGAUCUUGCUGACAUAUUGAAACAGUGUAAUGGCGAUUUGACUUGGGCCGUCAACGUUCUUCUGGAUUCGGGAUACGAAUGCGGCAAUAAUGUAUCAGAUUGUUUGGAAUUGGAAGACGGUAUCGACAAGUUGGAAGACCAACCGAACUGUAUCAAUUCUGCUUAUGAUGAAGCCGUAGAAAAUAUGUUGCAACAAACCACAGAAGAAGAGACAAAUUCAGUAACCUCUUCUGAAACACCGCAACAAUCGUUUUCGACUACAUCAGCAACACUGGAGGAGACUGAAAGUUUAAGGAAGCACAUAGAAGAUUGCUUUCAAUUAACGGAUACCAUAAGUGAACAGACUCGUAGGAUAUGCGGCAAAGAAUAUAAUCAGUUUCGGGCGUCUCAGCUUCAGAAAUCACGCUAUAGUCAAAAUCAGUUGCCUGAAGCAGCAUCUGCACCAACUAUCCCGACAAAUUCAGUACCAUUGGAGAGUCAAACAAAGAGUGAUGCAUGUCAUUUAUCGCUGGCUAGCUUUCCUACUUUGGGAGAACAAGUUACUUAUACGACUGAUUACCAAUUACCGCCCUGUAUGAAUACCGAAAACAAAUUUGGCAUGGAUCUUUUUCAACCUUUUUCCGUUGUAAGUCCACCGUUGCCCGAGGAAGAAGUGAAAGUGGACGAAGACCCCAUGAUUUCCAUGACAUUGGAUGCCUCAUUCGUCCAGCAACUGGUUAAAUUGUUUGGUGUUCCAGAUUUAAAAGCAAAACGAGUGCCAUCAACCACUCCAUCAAAUCCCGUCAAUGUUGAUAUCCCUUGGUCUUUAGCCGAGCAGAUUUAUUUACAUUGGUGCUCCAGCUUAAUAAGCGAAAAUGAAGAUAAGCCGAUGGUCACCGAAGACCGUAAGGAGCUUCAAAAUAUAAUGGAUUUCGAGCUCGCAAUGCAGUUGGUCCAAGACGAGAGAAUCGCUGAGCGCAAGGAAUUACGUGAAAGCUUGUCCACGAAGUUGUCAUUUCAGAUGCUACAGGAGAACUAUCCUUCGGUUGACCCCCUUGCACUAGAUGCAUUGUUCGAAGCAAAUAACUAUAAUUAUUCUCAUACGGUAACAGCCCUAAAUGCCUCUCUAGGAACAAAGCCACAACCGCCCAAGAUGCAAAUUGUAUCGGCAAACUCUCGCCUGACAAGAGAAGAAACACAGGCGAGAACACAAAAGCGUGAGUCCAAACCACCCCAUCAGGAGCCGCGUGAUUUGCGAACCGAAGCUUUUUUGUACAACAAGCUACGACAGCAGUAUUCGAUGCAAGCCCAGGAAUAUCAUCAAAGAGGCAUGUCUGCCGCGGCAAUGUAUUACUCCAGCGAAAGUCGGCGGUAUGCAGAGCUUUAUAAAAAAUGCAAUCAGCAGGCAGCUCUACAAAUCGUAGAAGAAAAAAAUGCUUACCAAGACGAACGGACUAUUGACUUACAUGAGUUGCACGUCGUCGAGGCUCUGACCUGCUUGGAAUCUUUCAUAGUUGAAAAUGCAAGAGAGGGAAGGAACGUAGUUCAAGUAAUUACAGGCAGAGGCAAUAACAGCCAAAAUGGAAAACCACGCAUUAAACCGGCUGUUGUUACGUUUCUUAAACAGAAAAGAUAUGGGUAUGAAGAGGUGAAUCCUGGAAUGUUACGAGUAUUUCUGUCUCGCUCCAUGACCCGCUGAAUUGCGUCAUAAAAACAUAAAAUCCUUCCAACGAAGUACAAACGAAAAGCCUAGAGGCAAUUCAUUCAUUAUUUAGUAUGCUACUCUUUGAAGCGAGUAUAGCAUUCCCUGGCAAGAUUCAGGUUUUUUAUUCAGGUUAUUCAAAACCAUGGGACAAAACUCAUUUUAAAUUUAUCAACAGUGACCGUACGGGGGUAUAAUUAGAAUAUUUUUAUUAAUCAAGUACCUGAUUGUAUCA